UUUUGUAAAAUCCAAUGUGGCCUGGUGGGGAAAAAAACAUAUGGUGUUCGAACUGAUAUACAUGUAGUGCAUGUAGAUUGGAAGAGAUUAAACCCAAAAAUGGCUAUCCCAAAACUUGGAAUAAAACUUGAUGCAUUAAAAAUGGAGUCAAAAAAUCCUUUUGUAUUGGACUGUCACUGAAAUGUAAGGUCGGGAUCGCAGAAACAUUUGCCGUCUUUAGAACUGGUUGUCACUUCUGCCAUUUUUAUUUACCGUCUUUGACUGAAGGAAAAUGACAGACUUGUCAGGAAUCGGACACAACAUCCGAAAGUUUUAUCAAGUGGGGAACUUCUUCAUCAUGGACUCUGAGCAGCUGGUGUCUAAUCCGUUCCAGGAAAUGCAAAAUGACGCCAUGGACAGCCAGAAAAAGUCUUCGCUUACAGAGAGAUUAGUCAGUGUCAAAAACAAUGUCUGUGAGAAGCAUUUCUUAAUAAAGGCAGAAAAACUCAAUAAGGAGCUCUCACAUAACAUGAAAAAGAUUCAUGAAAAUUCCAGUGAACUCAGAUAUCAAAUUAAACUGUACGAUAUCAACAAACGGAAGAUUGAUUUGGAGACCAAACGGCGCAUGCAGCCUAAGAAAGACUUUUCAUAUGAUGCUUUCCAGAUCAACAAUUCAGAGAAAAGACUUGGUGUUUUGAGCGAUUGUUAUUACUUGGAGAAAAAACAGAAAUUUCCAAUUCGUGGAAGAAAUAUGAAUGACCUUAAUGCUACCCCAACUGUGUCUAGAGCUCGGAACAUGUUACGUCAGCAAGAAAAGGAGGAUCGUGAAGAAGAAAACAGCACAAUAUCAGCUCUUAGGCUCUCUACUCCAGGAACACUCUCACUCACUUCUAACAGAACUUCAAUUUUUCAGAGGAGAGGGUCUAAGUCUGCCCCUGCCUCCAAAAUGUCCGCAUCAGUCAGAGGAACAUUAAACAGUCAAGACGGUGAAUCUGCUAAGCUUCCCUCUAUUGACAGACAGAAAACCAAGGACUCUCAUGUAAAAUUCACUGAGCAUGUGCAAACCUCUACUCCUGAAAAACGAGUUCGUCCUCACACACAUGGUCCAAGGAUAACUCGCCGUCUAAAUGCCUGGGACAGUGACGAUGAUGAUGAUGAUUUUGGAUCAACAGACUACAUUAACCUUCGCCAGCUUCUCUUUGGCGCUGAAGGCAAGACAAACUCAAAUGGAUCAAGUGGAACCCCUAGAACACUCACUCGAGAAAGCUCAAGAUCUGUGCCCAACUUACGACGAACAACUGGUUCUAAAGUGACACAAGAAUCUCUUCGAGCAGAGCGUAGGCAGAUUGACAAGAAAAUCAACAAAUUUUUCGAAAGCUUGAAUGAUGAAAUCUCCAGUGAGGAAAGUGAGGAGGAACCAGAACCGGAGCCAGAGAAAGAGAAGAAGGUACCGGCCCUAGCCAAGGCUGCGGUGCUUCUGAACAUCUUCUCCAAGGCCGCCCCUGUAGAGGAAAACCCGUUCCUGAAGGCGAAAAUCGAGCGCGAGGUGAGCAAAGACACAGGAAAAGCCGAGCUCGAUCGAUCCACAAGUUCUCGCUCAACACGCUCCAACAAAUCAGCUACUAAGGACGAAAAUACAACCAAGAAAAAUUUGUGGAAGUUUAUAAAAACCAACGUGAAUAAUGGCAAGAUCCAUCGCUGCAAUUCCCCCAGUCAAAUCAUUCUGCAGCAGAUGACUCACCUGGAUCUUACUCAUAACGAGGUUUCACGAGUGCCUCUGCACUCAGCAAGUCGAGCUCUGAGACACACACCCACAUUCAAAAUGAGAAAGGUCGUGGAGAAACUUAUGAAGAGUCGAACAAAGUUCCAACAACAAGAAGUUGACUUUUUACGACAACAGUUGGAAAUGGGUGAAAAUAUCUCGGAAAUUCAAACUCAACCCAAUCCCGGAGUUCCUGGAUUUCAGUCAAUAGUUACCUGAUCUAUAAAUAGAUCUGUUGAACUGUGUGGAAUCUCAGUUAAAUUCAAAGAAUUCUGUGGAUGUACACUUGAGAGAGUAUUGUGUUAUACACUGUGGAUGAAUGUCUUGUGACUGUGACUGAAUUUUAUGAAUGCGUUUCUUGGAUUUAACAUGACACGUGUUACAUUCAGGGUGAUGAUUUGUAAAUAUAGUUGGAAUACAUAUUUUUACAAUUAUUGAUCAAACUCGAAAUUUGAAAUAUUUUCAAAAGCCAUUGGUUAGCCAGAGGUUUUAAUACAUAUGAAAUCAUUUCAUUUUGAUAUUACACAUCUAAAAUAUUAAUUUUAACCACAUUUCCAUUCCUCUAAUAUUGAAAAAUUAAUAAUAAAUAAGUUUUACAGUAUAU